CAAAAUCGGUUUCCGGUUCCAGCGUUUCGGUUAUUCUCAGCGCACGGCCACUUCAACGAUGCCAACGUGACCCUCACCAGCGGCCCUUCCAGUCCGGGUUCGGGAAUUCGUGGACAAGUUCCUCGCGUGAACAUGUCGCCAAGUCAGAAACGGCGCCGACGUGGUUUCGAAUACAGCCUUCUGCAAUUCAAUAGUUUCAGAUUGCUAGAGCUUAUUUCUGGACACAGUCUAUACGCCGAUAUUCAUUGCAAGCUACGGGACUAUCAGUUAGACUCGGCACCGCCAUACGAAGCUCUAUCAUAUACAUGGGGCGAUGACUCGAAGAGUGCAUGCCGGAUAUCAUUGGAUGGUUUACCCUUUCACAUCCGACCAAACCUUCGAGACGCGUUGCGUCGCCUGCGGCAACCUCGAGGCACAAGAAUCAUUUGGAUUGAUGCGAUAUGCAUUGACCAAAACAGCGCAGAUGAGAAAAGCGUUCAAGUGCCUCUAAUGGGAAAGAUAUAUCACAGAGCAGAACGGGUGAUUGCUUGGCUUGGAGAAGAGACGUUUGAUAGUGGGAUGGCUCUUGAUUUCAUUCCAUACUUGACCGAGGUUGCUAUAUUUGACACCGAGUCCAUC